UCUACUUCAGUCAAUCCUCUUUGGUCACCUGUUUGACACAUCGCGUCGGCAGUGUUGAAACAAUAAUUCCUCAAGUACUCUAAUUUCGUCGAUUCCUGUCCGUAAAAUUUCGGGUUUCAACAAAAUAAUCAGUUUUCAAGUCGUACACCAGUUAUUCUACGGAAUUGAUAUUCCGGUGUUGAGGCAGGAGUGAUAACCCGGGGCAGGAGGUCACCAGCUGUUUCCCUGAUUUUAUCUCUCAAUACUCCAUUGAUCCCAGAAUAAUUUGAGGGGAUUAUUUUAUCCCAUAUGUACCUGGUAAUGAGGAAAGUGCGAGGAAUUUGCGACGAUUGAUUGAUCUGGAGCAGAUGCAGAAGGCAGCGAAUCAACUGUUGCAAUCAGUAUCCUAAUGACGUUUCACUGCGAAAGAUGACGCACUAUCGAGCCUACGGAAUCUCCAAUAUUUUUUUUUUAUUCACUUGUGUCACCUGCGUCUGCGGAGAUCUCCAGGAUUUCUUCGAGCUCCAGCAAAGGAGAGCCCAUGCGCCUUUGAAUUUCGGUAAGACAGAGGAGAAGAUCCAACAGGUACAAGAUGAUCAUGGUUGGAAUGAGGAAAGUGUGAGGGGACUCGUUGGUAGUCAGCCGGCGCUCCCCAGGAAGUGGAACAUUUCAUACACUUUUGAUCCAAACAUAAAAUGGGAGAAAAACUGGACGUCAUCUUCAGAGUUGGGCCAGCUGUCUGCAGUGGACAUAGACCCGUCUGGCAAUGUAGCGAUAUUCUGCAGAAGAUCUCGCAUCUGGGGACAGGACACCUUCACGAUGGACAACAAAUUCGACCCUCGUAAAGGCCCGAUCCCCGAAAACGUGAUAAUUCUCCUGAACAAGGAGGGAAAAAAGAUCUUGGAGUGGGGUAGCAACACAUUUUACCUACCCCAUGGUUUAACAAUCGACUGGGAGGGAAACUACUGGCUGACAGACGUGGCAAUGCACAUGGUGAUGAAGUUCUCAGUUUCCUCAAUAAAAUCAAAUAUUCCCACUUUGAAGAAGGCUGAGGGUUCGUCAGCACGAGAGACUGAAAUCGAUCUGAACAAUCUCUUCAGGGACUCUAUCGUCAAGCCAGUGCUAGCCCUGGGGGAUCCCUUCCAGCCUGGAAACGAUGAUCAGAGAUUCUGCAAGCCAACAGCGGUGGCAGUAAUGAGGAAUGGGGACUUCUUCGUGAGCGAUGGCUACUGCAAUUCCAGGAUUGUAAAAUUCAACUCCAAGGGAGAGAGAAUAUCACAAUUCGGGAAGUUCUUUUCCCCUGGGCUCCACCAGCAGCCCUCACCGUACGUCCUGUCCGUUCCUCAUGCUCUAGCACUUGCUGAGGAGCUUGGACUCCUCUACGUUGCCGACAGGGAGAAUGGUAGAAUUCUCGCUUUUCAUGCGCUGAAUGGCACCUACCACAGAGAAUACAGGCAUCCAGCUAUUGGCGACAAAAUUUACAGCGUUGCUUAUGCCCAGGGAAGGAUUUAUGCUAUUAAUGGACCCGUUUUUUCUCAAAGCUUUCAUGUGAGGGGCUUCAGUAUCGAUAUUCACUCUGGAGAGAUCAUCUCCCAGUUUGGACCUGAUGAGGACAUGAAAACACCUCAUGAUCUUGCCGUUAGUAAGGAUUCCAGUCAGAUUUAUGUCGUCGAGCUCGACGAUCAUGUUGUCUACAAAUUUUUACAGGCUGAAGUAUCUCCAACCUCUGGAGCCUCAACCGAGGGAAUACUCCUGAAACACGGAUCUGAGCUCUUGACGAGCCCAGGAUUCGGGCAAGAACCAAAGAAAAUGGGAACAGCAACGUUAGCCCUCGUCUCAGUGAUCACUUCCAUCAUCGUCAUCGGUCUGUGCAUUGCAGUCGCUGCUCUGUUCGCCAGAUGCCAGAAGAGAGGAUGCUUAUUAUCAGUGCGUAGAAAAUCCUACUGGGAGAGUGAUCGAAAAGAAAACUUCAAGCUAUCGAGAGUGUUGGAACCACGACAGGGUAAAAAGGGCUUUCGUUUAUUCGAUAAACGCCCCAAUACCAAGGACUUUAGUAAAUUAAAUACCGAACCUGAGACCUCCGAAGACGAGCGCGGAGAGGACAGCCUCAUUAUUUAACCAAAAACCAAAGUGAAGAGAAUAAUAUUCAAUUAAUCUCUCGAUAAAAUUUUCCUCUUCGUUUUAUCAUUAUUUCUGCUUGAAUUGUUGCGUGAUCUUUACUUAUUCCAGUGAAUUUAUUUAUUUGUGUUGCAUGAGAAAUUACCACAUGAAAUUACCACAUGAAAUUAAUGAAAAUUGUCAUGCUAUUUUUUAAAACCAAAACAUUCGUAAGAAUUAAAAUGCACUCAUUAAAACAACAAAAACAAAUCGACAUCCCAGUUCACCUCUGAGCAAUUAUUAUUACAUGUCAUUAAUAAUGAAUGAAUGAUGAAAAAAAUAGGAAAAACCAGCGAUAUUUACUCCAUCAGACGAAACUUAAUGGACCACCAGACGAGAUUUGCAAUACAUAUCGAAUGAAUUUGAAGUGUUUAAUCAGUAUUAAUUGUGGUAAUUAAAACCCCAAAAAUACAUUCCAUCAAAAAAAUGUGAAUGUCCGAGGAUCUUUGUGUUGCUUGACGUAAAAAAUAUGCAUUCAUCCGAAACUGUAUAUUUUCAAUAAAAAAAAAAUCAAUGUUAGCACGAGUGCAAUGUUAAUUACCAGACGAUACUGAGACUAGUCAUCGAUUUUUAAUUCAUUUACCUUCUUUCAUAGUAGUGGGGGGAUAUUGGGAAGAGGUCAGUGUGUGCAAAUUGACAUUAUACACCGUAAAAAGGGGAUAAGAGAGGGCAUGAAAGGCACAUGAACGGCCAGUACGAGGUGCUUGCCAAGAUAACUAAUGCAAAAUGGUGUUAAGUGACUCAAUGAUUACCCCAUUAUGUAUCUCUGGAUAAUAAUAAAUGCUCACAGCGGCUUAAACGUUGAUUACAAAGUCAUUUAGUGAAUGGUCUUGCGUUAUUUGGAUAAAUUUUAAUCAUGUAUUUGGCAUUUCU